AUGUUUAUGAGACUAAUGAGCAUAGCCAGUAAGAUGAGAGAUGAGUAUGGUAAGGCGGGUACAAUAGCAGAACAAGCACUAUCUUCAGUCAGAACUGUUUAUUCUUUUGUGGGAGAGGACAAAACUGUUGCUGAGUACUCUGAUUCUCUUCAAGGGACUGUGAAUUUGGGUUUGAAGCAAGGCUUAACAAAGGGUUUGGCCAUUGGUAGCAAUGGAAUUGUCUAUGCGAUUUGGGCUUUCUUGUCUUAUUAUGGUAGCAGAAUGGUCAUGUACCAUGGGGCUCGCGGAGGCACCGUGUUUGUGGUUGGCACAACCAUUGCCAUCGGCGGAUUGUAA